AAGAUUUUCCCAUUUCUAUCAAAGCUAAAAAUACACCUAAGAAAACACACAGGAGAGAAACCUUAUUUCUGCUCUGACUGUGUGGCGAGUUUCUCUCAACUUUCCGACUUAAAAACACAUGAACGUAUACACACAGGAGAGAAGCCUUUCUUCUGCUCUGACUGUGGGGCGAGUUUCUCUCGUCUGUGCACCUUAAAAACACACCAACGUAUACACACAGGAGAGAAGCCUUACUCCUGCUCUGACUGUGGAAAACGUUUUAAAACAUCAAAUGAGCUAAAAUCUCAUCAGAGAACACACACAGGAGAGAAGCCUUACGUCUGCCCUGACUGUGGAACUAGUUUCUCUCACCUUUCCAACUUAAAAUCACAUGAACGUAUACAUACAGGAGAGAAGCCUUACUCCUGCUCUGAUUGUGGAAAACGUUUUAGAACAUCAACUGAUCUAAAAUCUCAUCAGAGAACACACACAGGAGAGAAGCCUUACGUCUGCCCUGACUGUGGGGCGAGUUUCUCUCUUCUGUGCACCUUAAAAAGACACCAACGUAUACACACAGGAGAGAAGCCUUACGUCUGCUCUGACUGUGGAAAACGUUUUAGAACAUCAAAUGAGCUAAAAUCUCAUCAGAGAACACACACAGGAGAGAAGCCUUACGUCUGCCCUGACUGUGGAACUAGGUUCUCUCACCUUUCCAACUUAAAAUCACAUGAACGUGUACAUACAGGAGAGAAGCCUUACUCCUGCUCUGACUGUGGGGCGAGUUUCUCUCAUCUGUGCACCUUAAAAACACACCAACGUAUACACACUGGAGAGAAGCCUUACGUCUGCCCUGACUGUGGAACUUGUUUCUCUCAACUUUCCAACUUAAAAUCACAUGAACGUGUACAUACAGGAGAGAAGCCUUACUCCUGCUCUGACUGUGGAAAACGUUUUCAAACAUACGCUCAGCUAAAGGUUCAUCAGAGAACACACACAGGAGAGAAGCCUUACUUCUGCUCUGACUGUGGAACUUGUUUCUCUAAACUUUCCAACUUAAAAUCACAUGAACGUGUGCAUACAGGAGAGAAGCCUUACUCCUGCUCUGACUGUGGAAAACGUUUUAAAACAUACGCUCAGCUAAAAGGUCAUCAGAGAACACACGCAUGAGAGAAGCAUGAGAGAAGCCUGCUUACGUCUGCUCUGACUUUUGGGUGAGUUUCUCUCACCAUAGCAACUUAACACACCAAUGUAUACACACAGGGGAGAAGCCUUACUCCUGCUCUGUGGAGGGGUGGGCGUGUAAGUCAAACGUCUAACCAAAAGCUGCGUGUUUGAAUCUUAUCAAGGAGGACUUUAGCAUUUUAGCUCAUAGCAACUUUGUAACUACUUAUUACUUUUUAGCUAUGUUAGCAUGUUAGCUAAUCUUUUCCCUAAACCCAUCUAACUCUACCUUCAAACUUCUUAGGGCUGCAAUCCCGGUAACGGGAUCGAUAUGACAACAGCCAGUGAAAGUGCAGGGCGCCA